AGUUGAGGCUCCUGUGGCGUAACAUUUUAUUUUUAUAUUUUUAAAGAAAUAACUUAUUCCUGACACAAAUCAAAAAAAUAAUUAUGCCGUUAACCGAAUAUGUGGCUUCACUAUCCCAAAACCCCUAUUUUGGAGCGGGGUUUGGUCUUUUUGGUGUUGGAGCUGGUGCCGCGAUUUUACGGAAAGGAUUUCAAACAUCUAUGAUGUUAUUUAGAAGGCAUUGUAUGAUAACACUUGAAGUUCCGUGUAGAGACAAGUCUUACCAGUGGUUGUUGCAAUGGAUUACACAAAAAGGCGCAAAACAAACACAGCAUUUAAGUGUUGAAACAUCAUUCCUACAAAAAGAUACAGGACAGAUUAAAACAAAAUAUGACUUUAUACCAAGUGUUGGACAACAUUUCUUUAGAUAUCGUGGUGCUUGGAUAAAAGUCGAUCGUACAAGAGAACAGCAAACUCUCGACUUGCAUAUGGGUAUACCAUGGGAAACAGUGACCCUCACAUCAUUUGGUAGAAAUAAACAACUAUAUUAUGACAUUCUUGAAGAAGCAAGAACAAUGGCUUUGAAGCAACAUGAGGGUAUGACUAUAAUGUAUACAGCCAUGGGAUCUGAAUGGAGACCAUUUGGUCACCCUCGGAGAAGAAGGCCUCUACACAGUGUAGUGCUACGCAAUGGCUUAGCUGAUCGCAUUUUAGCCGACUGCUUAGAUUUUAUUGAUAAUCCCAACUGGUAUACAGAGCGAGGAAUCCCAUACAGAAGAGGAUAUUUGCUAUUUGGACCACCAGGCUGUGGCAAAUCAUCUUUCAUAAUGGCUUUAGCUGGUGCACUAGAAUACAAUAUAUGCGUUUUAAAUCUAUCUGAAAGAGGUCUUACUGAUGAUAGAUUGAACCAUCUCUUGAGUGUCGCUCCCCAACAGUCAAUAAUUCUGCUUGAAGAUAUAGACGCGGCUUUCGUAUCUCGAGAGGACACAGCUGUUCAAAAGGCAGCUUAUGAGGGACUAAAUAGAGUUACUUUCAGUGGUCUUCUUAAUUGCUUAGAUGGUGUAGCGUCCACAGAAGCAAGGAUAGUAUUUAUGACUACAAAUUACUUAGAUAGACUAGAUCCAGCACUCAUAAGACCAGGCCGAGUGGACAUGAAAGAAUAUGUUGGCCAUUGUGAUGAGGCUCAAAUAGAACUCAUGUUUUUACGGUUUUACAAAGAUGCAGCAGACCAUGCAAGGACUUUCGCUAAAAAGGUUUUGGAGAAGAAAAAGGAAGUAAGUCCGGCACAAAUCCAGGGAUACUUUAUGUUCCAUAAACAUUCAAGCCCUAGUGAAGUACUUGAAAAUGUAGACGCUAUAUGGACACUUGGAUGAUUAAAAUAAUUGUUAGUAGUUGUACAUAAUGUUAUAAAUAAAAUAAAAAGAUUUUUAUUU